CGCCUCCAACCAACAUAAGCCAGAGACAGAGCCUCGAGGAUCCCAUCUUGUGAGUGCUUCUGAGAAGAUGUCCUGCUGUGGUGGCAACUGCGGAUGCGUCUCUGGCUGCAACUGCGGCAGUGGCUGCGGAGGCUGCAAGAUGUACGCCGACUUGGGCGGGGAGCGUAGCACCAACACUGCAGGAAUCGUCGACCUUGGCGCCGCAACCCAGAAAGGGCGAAUUGAUGGGCACGAGGUGGCGGACGGGUCUGAGAGUGGAGGCUGCGACUGCAACAAAUGCAACUGCGGUAGCAGCUGCAGCUGUGCUUGCUGCGGCUGUAACUGAGGCUUUCAAGAGCCAAUGGAGGCCAUGCUCUACUUCUUAAGUGACAUUUAAUAUCAUAUGUGAGAGGGCAUGGCCAAAUCUAAAUAAGAGGAGUAUAAGCAGAGCUGUAUCGACUUUUAUCAUGAAUGCUAUUUCUCCUUAAGUAGCACUAAA